AUGAACGCACUCCGGUUUACAUCAAACACGAAAAAUGUGGCACUUACCAAAAUUCCAAUACCGGCAAUAACUCACCCGAAAGAAGUGUUAAUAAAAAUUGCUUACUCGGGGGUUUGUGGGACCGAUUUGCACAUAAUUAGCGGAGAGUUUCCGUGCAACUCCCAGGUAACCCUCGGCCACGAAUUCUCAGGCACUGUGGUGGCUUUUGGCCCCUACGUCACCAACCUCACCCCCGGCGACCUUGUAGUAGUCGAUCCAAACAGCGGUUGCCACAAAUGCCGCUUCUGUCACUCCGGUAAGCCCCAUUUUUGCCCAUCUGGGGGUUUUUAUGCCAAUCUGGGGGUAAAAAACGACGGAGGAUGGGCCGAAUACUGUCUUUGUUGCGUCGAACAAGUGCACAAACUGUCUGGGAUUCCCCUGAAAACUGCAGCUUUGGUUGAACCCUUGUCUUGUGUAGCACAUGGAUGGGACUUGAUUUCGCCCAUUAGUGUUGGAGAGGAGAUUCUAGUCGUGGGGGCUGGUAUUAUAGGGAUUUUGUGGACGUGUUUGUUACACUUGCACGGUCAUAAAAAACUAACUCUUGUAGAAAAAAAUCCGGCUAGAAGAGAAUUAUUAAAAAAGUUGCAACAAGAAUUGGGUUUUAAACUCGUAGGGGCUUUAGAAUUGGUCGGAAAGUUUGACUUGAUCGUUGAUUGUACAGGCCAUGGUCCUGCAAUUGAAUCCGGAGUGAAACUUUUGAAUUUCGGCGGGAAAAUGUGUAUUUUUGGGGUGGCGCCACCUGGCGAUAGGAUUGAGGUUUCCCCGUUUGAGAUUUAUAUGAAAGAAUUGACAAUAAUGAGUGUGAAAGUCAAUUCGUUUUCGUUUCCCAAAGCUAUAGCUUUAGUCGAGGCGUUAGCCGAGCGGUACUUGGAUUAUGACAAAUUAGGAGUAAAGCUUUUCAAAUUGGAGGAAUAUCAAAGAGCUAUCGAUUGUUUGAAGAAUGGGGUAAUAACAAAAGCGGUUUUUCAAGUUUAAUUCUUUUCGAAUCUGGCAAUAAAAUUACUGA